ACAUUAUAUCUAUUCGUUGUAAAUAUUUUCUAAUUUUAUGUUUUUUUUUUAAAUACUUUUUUUUCUCAUGUAGAGGCAAAGUGCAGAGGUACCAUACCUACAUUUUUUAAGGUUCAAAAUGGUUCCAGUGCAAUCAAGGAUAUUUCCUCUAAUAAGCUUUUUAUCAAAACGCACGAUGUCUACCGGACCAGACGUUCUAUUUCAAACUACCCACAAUGCUGAAAUCAUCACGCUGAACCGAUCAAAAGCGUUGAAUGCGCUCAAUACCUCCAUGGUAGAUAAACUUCUAUCACAGCUCCGGAAAAUGGAGAAUAAAAGAAGUCUAGUUAUUAUCAAAGGAGAUGGCACGAGUAAAGCAUUCUGCGCAGGAGCAGAUAUCAAAGUGGUUUUCGAUACAGUUGAAUGUUACAGUUUUGUAAGCAAACUGUACAAUAUAUGCUACCUUCUUGGAAAUUAUAAAAUUCCAUGCGUAUCUCUUUUAAAUGGAAUCGCAAUGGGCGGUGGAUUGUGCAUGUCAGUUCAUGGAAGGUACAGCGUGGCGACAGAAAAUUCUAUAGUUGCAAUGCCCGAGACAAAAAUUGGGUACUUCCCAGAUAGUGGCGGAUCUUACUUCUUGCCGAGGCUGCCGUUAAAUCUAGGGUUUUAUAUGGGUUUAACUGGAGCCACAUUAAAAGGCAAGGAUGCUGUUAAAGCUGGCAUCGCCACUCAUUUCGUACCUAGCAAGCGGCUGCAUGAAUUGGAGGAACUGCUAACAAGAUGCACCAAUGAUUUGGAAGUACAGAAUUUAUUAAAUAAAUUCAACGAGCCAAUCGACGAGUACUCUUUUGCCCCAAACAUUAAAUACAUCAGCGAUUGCUUUGCCGCUUCCACCGUUGAAGAAAUCAUUGAAAGACUGAAGAAAGUUCAGAAUGAGAGUUCGAUUAAAACUCUAGAGACCCUGCAUCUAAUGUCACCCACAGCCCUGAAGGUAACGUUAAAUACGUUACAGCGUGGAGCGCAGUUGGACCUCCCAGAGUGCCUCAAGAUGGAGUACCGAGUUGCUUGCCGAAGUUUCAUAUCACAUGACGCUUCAGAAGGAGUGAGAGCUUUACUUGUCGACAAGGAUAACAAACCACAAUGGGAACCAAAGACCCUGGCUGAAGUGGAUAAUGAUACCGUAGAGAGCUACUUUAAGACACUUCCACAGGAGAAAGAACUUAAAUUCUUUGAUGAGUUCCUUGACGCUAAGCUUUAAAUCAAAUCCCCAAAAUAAAUAUGUAUGUUUUUUGCAAUCAAAGAAU